GUCCGUUUUUAACAGCUUUUCUCACCCACAGCUCCAUGCAUUUAUGCGUGCCAAAAUGUCGCCGAAGGCAUACGACUACGCAAUGGCCUCGGCCUCAGUGGCACCAAUCGGUUACAGGCGGCAGCAUUAGUAAAUAUUUGCUCAGACUUUGCGGUUACCAGCAAAGCAAUCGUUAAGUCGUGAUUGGAAUUUCGGAAUAUUUUCACAUUUUCCUUGACAUUCAUGGCUCCUUGCCGGCGCCUAAUGCUUUCUUAGUCUGAUACACUCAGACCACGAGGUUUAACAAAGUGCAACAGAAUCCAGAUCCUAAAUCGAGGAUACGAGAGGAUAUGAAGAUUUGGAAGUAUGUAUGACAGGUGCUCGCUGGAAUGUUAUUGUUGCAUACUGUCGAUUAACCUAAGGAGAUCCAAGAAUGGCACAGUUACUGAAAAUAACAAAAAAGUCAUGUUUGAAGAUAUUUCGCAAGAUGACACCUUUCAAACCGAUGUCUGCUAUAAAACUUGAAGAAGAAGACGAAAUAUUCAAUGAUAAUCCCGACGCGCCUUCGCACUAUGAAGAACCGUCAUUACGAAAAACGCAAUAUACCCAGGAAAACGAAACUAGUAAUCAAAAAUGUAAUUUCAAAGAAAAUAAUCCCGUCCAAGACUACGAAACAUCAUCGGCAUACGAGGCUGACGUAGAAAAUUUAAGUUUAACCGAUAUCGAGAGUAACACGAUGCUGCAAAGUCUGACGACACGCUUGUUUCUAACCUCUGACGGCUAUGAAUUUCAACGAUUAGAGCAACCGCGCGGCGACACUGUUUCUGAUGAAAUAGUGUAUGAGCCCGAAAUCGCUACACACUCCAUUGUCUUCGAAAAAGUGCGAUAUAAAAAGCAUAUACGCUAUUUCCGUCGCACUCCGUCCAAUUUGAGUUUAGACAACGUUGAUGAUAACAAACACAAUGAGAGCACACCAAACGCCGAUCCGCUCACUGAUCCACCAAAACGCACUCGCAAUGCCGCCGAAGCAAAACGCAGCCACAACGGCGGCAGCAUGCGUCAACCACCAGCCGUCCAGUCUUUUCCACAAAAUAUACCCGCAUAUGUGCCUAUAAAUGUAAUGAAAUUGGAAAUUAAGAAUCCGGGGAAAUUCGAAAGCGUGGUUAUAGCAGAGCAGCGUGACCGCUUCGAUAAAUUGAUGCCCGUUGUUAAAUGGGACAUCAAUGGCAACUCGCUGGACGAUGAUUUUUACAUCGAUGACAGUUGGAAUGAUUCCACGGAUAUGAAUUGGAAUAAUUCAAGCGAAAAACGUGUUUCCCAAUUUAAAUUAGAUAGCGAGUCACAAAAGUCUAGCUUUCGCUCCAGUUCGACGACAUUGGAAACAUGGCUGGAUGAAGACUUGCUGGGCGGCUCCCUCAACGAACGACGCCAAUUCGCUGGUGGCAAUCUAUGUCGGUCCAAGGUUUAAAGCAACGCUGCAUUGCAUAAUCGUGAAGUUGUGAAUCCAAUGUAUUAUUACAAGUAUUUAAUAGUAUUCUAUUUGUUAACAUUGUUCAUAUAUCUACCUGCAACGGAUAUACUCGUAUAGCUUAUAUUUACAUGCAUACAUAAAAACUUUUUACCUAACAUAUAGUACAUACAUAUGUAUGUAUCUAAGAAUGAAAUUGUGUCUUAAAUUAAGCAAUAAUAUGUACUUAUUAUUACUUUAUUUGCAUUAUAUAGUAUGUAUGUAUAUACAUAUUUCAUCUCAGCGCUCCUCUAAUUUAUACCACCACUAUAUGAAUAUACAUAUAUAUACAUACAUUCAUAUACGAAAUAUAA